GGAUUAUAUGGCAAUAUUGAUAGUGAUGAAGAUGACGACGAUUCUGCCGGAGGAGAUGAUGUUGGUGAUGGCAAUAAUGAUAUUUCAGAUGAUAUUGUUUUUGGUACUUGAACGUGAGGGCGAAAUACAACAGGUAUGUGUCUUUCAAUUCAAUUUACAGCCUGUUACUUGGUUAGUUAACAUGCUUUUUCUCAUAACGGAACACUGCAAAUAUAAUAGCAACCCAAGUUGUUCUCGCUCAGUUCGUUUGGCCAACAUCUUAACCGCUAGUCACGUUUUACCUCGGUUACUCAUGUUUACCCCUACGUAUCCACCUUGUUACCCCAUUUAGCCAUAUUCAACCUAAUUUAUGCAAACAGGCGCAAUGUGGUCAUCUUUGUUUUGGUGCAUCGCCAGAAAUUUCGAAUCGGCAUGCGCAGUGAGAGGCGACACUUAAAAAAAUAUCAAUGCAAUUUUCAUUACAUAGAAAUGACUGAGAAAAGAUCGGAAAUCGAAAAGAGCUGUCCUAGAGACAUUAGAGGUUACUGACUUUGCAUCAAUUUCAUUAGUAUUUUUGUUAAACUAAAUGAAUCUGCAUUUAUACGUAUCUUGCAAGUUUUAUCCGUUUCGGUUUUGAGGUAAAGAGAUUUGCAAAUUGACUGUAAAGGAUUUGUAUGGCUGUCGGCGAUAAAACGCCGAAACAGAGCCCAGUUAAAGUGUUCCAGUUGGCGUCCAAGUUCGUUGGAUACAACCACUUUGCAUCGGUUCUGCGAGUUAAAGAUGCCCACUUUCAGGUCCAGUGGCACUUUGCACUUCCCGAUUGAAAUUUCUUUCUGUUUUUAACUUUGAAGACACCCUAAAUUUCAGUAUGGACUCCACAGCGAAAUUUCCUGAUAUUCGCUUUUCAAUAUCUCCGCGAAAAAUCUUCCAAAUUUCAUGGGAACCCUCUCAUUCGAGAGAGAAUUUCUUGCAUUUUGAACACGUUUCAGAAUAAUUGACGGUAUUCGUUCAGCGGUUCCUUUUUGACUGUAAAUACAGUCAUGUUUGUGUAUCGUGACAUUGAGCCCGUACUCGGCCAGAUCUGACAGCGGCUUAGCCCAUAAAACAAACAUAUUCAUAUAAUUAGCACGAAAAUUUUGGUUCAAAAUUUCUGGCUGUGGUUUAACAGUAUUCUACAGGCAAAAGUUUGAGCCUCAGUAGAUUACUUAUGAUUAGACGAUACAGGAUGCCGAGUAGUGCUAACGAAAGGAAACUUCCAUUUAGAUGGGUGUCUUUGAUGCGACAUUGAAGUUAGUGAUGGUGAUGGUAGUGGUGGUGGUGAUGAUGAUGAUGACGACGAUGAUGACGAUGACGACCAUGACGAUGAUGGGGAUAAUAAUAAUGAUGAUGAUGAUGAUGUUGUUAAUAAAGAAGGAGGUAUGUGUUUUACAAUUCAAUAGACCAAUGUCGAUAUAUUUAAAUUUACACUUAGCACUUGAAGGCUUAGAGAAUGAAACAAAAGAGAUCGUCUUGAGACUCAGCAAUGAUAAUGCAUUUCUUUUGGUUUAUUCCCCUGAGCCUCAGUGCCAAGUAUGAAUUUUAAAAUUAUACCAAUUUGGUCGAUUCAAUGUAAGUCUGUGACGUUUAGAUUAAUUGUCCAUGAUUAGGGGGGACAGGGUGCCGAGUAGUGCUAACAAAAGGAUACUUACAUUUAGAUGCGUCUCCAUGGUAAAGCAAUUAUGGUGGCAAUGGCGAUUUUGAUGAUGAAGAUGAUAACAAGGAUGGCGAUGAAGGAGAUAAUGAUGGUGAUGACGAUGAUGGUAGUGAUGUUCCAUAUAACAGAUUAUUUUUUGAAGGAGGGGAAAAAGCUACAGGUUUGUGUUUUAACAAUAUUCAAAUUUACAGCUUUGCCAAGGAAAAAUAGUAAUGGAAUUGAUAGUUAAUCCAUUAUUGAGCUAUUUUGAAAAAAUAGCUCAUAUGUCAGUGGUGUGAGCGUAUGUAUCUUUGUGGCUUUGUAUCUUUGUAACUUUGUAACUUUGUAACUUUGUAUGUUCGGAUGUUUGUUGCAAGAGCCAAUAAGGUUGAAGGUACUAUGAGUUGAUGCUAAGGAACCAAUGAGAUCUUGGCAUCUACUUAAAAAUCACAUUGCUAAAGGUCGAACAAGGGCACUUUAAGACCGCCAUCUUGAUUCUUUACAAUUUGUUCGUCUUUUAUUACGGCUACAGGUGUUUGGAAACAUUAUAUUAAAUAUCGUCAUGAUUCAAACGCUGUGUACAGUGAUGCAGCUGUUUAAGGGUUCAUAUUUUAGUGUGGAUGCUACUUCAAGACAUUUCUGACCGAAUUCGGCUAUCGCGAACGGUACCACGCACGUAUUUUUGAGAUGUGUUUCACCUGCUUCAAGGUAGAGUAUAAACGAUCAUAUAUAUUCGAAGCUCUUCCAGUGAAGCAAUAAUUGAUAUUUAGAUAUGGACUUUAAUUCGAAAGUAUGCGGCCUAUAAAAUGUGGUUUUAGAAGUUUGAAAAGCAGCUUAUUUUUUUAAAAGCUGUACCGAGUAUUGUUAAUCCUGUAAACAAGCUGUAGAAAUAUUAUUCUCUCGCUUACAAAGUUCAACAGACCUUUUUCGUUCCGGCAAAACAACAACAAAAAGGAAUAAUAAGUGAACAACACGAUACAUCCUUCCUGCAUACUAAGCAUUAUAGUUAUUGAAACGUAUUUUAUUUAGUAAAGAUGCGUAUAAACUUAAGUAGAAACAGUAACGUUAGGGAAUAAAAUUAUAUAAUUAGGUACUGCUUUAUUGAGUGGAGUAACAUGAUAUGAGCAGAAAUAUAUUUCGGCAGUUUGAUAAUUUUCUUGGAAGUUAAUAAAUGUUAGGCUAUCAACCUUGACGUUGCAUGAAACAUAAUUUAAUUGCAGGUGUUGUAAUAAGGCCGAGGUGAUUUCUUAAAAUCGCUUGAGAAAAUUUUGUAGUAAACAAUUUGCGUUUUUUUAAGUACGAAUUGUAAAAGGGCCAAAGACCAACAUCUUCACAUGCAAAUCGUGUGCAUGAGUUAUUUUUAUAAUUCUGUUUACUCGAUUACUGUGUGAUAACUCGAAUUCCCUCACGUACGAACCACGGAAGGGGGCAAAGUCCAACACUUUCACGUGCCAUCUGUGUGACUGUACAUCUCAUGCAGAUUGGCUUUUCACAAUAGUAAUAGUGACUUGAACGUAUAAAGACCUGUUUCCUUUAGUAACCAAUGCCCUAAAAAAGGCUCUUGUCUUUUAAGAAGCAAUAGCUUUUAAAACAUGAAGAAAUAAGUUAUCGCAGUUAAAGACUGUCUCACAAAUGUUAAUAAAUGUUAGGUUAUCAACCUUGACGUUGCAUGAAACAUAAUUUAAUUGCAGAUGUUGUAAUGAAGCCGAGGUGAUUUCUUAAAAUCGCUUGAGAAAAUUUUGUAGUAAACAAUUUGCCUUUUUUUUAACGUACGAAUUGUAAAAGGGCCAAAGACCAACAUCUUCACGUGCAAAUUGUGUGCAAGAGUUAUUUUUAUAAUUCUGUUUACUAGUUUAUUGUGUGAUAACUCGAAUUCCCUCACGUACGAACCACGAAAGGGGACAAAGUCCAACACUUUCACGUGCCAGCUGUGUGACUGUACAUCUCAUGUAGAUUGGCUUUUCACAAUGAUAAAUAGUAACUUGGACGUAUGAAGACCUGUUUCGUUUUGUAACCAAUGCCUUAAAAAAGGCUCUUGCCUUUUAAGAAGCAAUAGCUUUUAAAACAUGAAGAAAUAAGUUGUCGGAGUUAAAGACUGUUUCACUGAGUAGAAUCGCACGUGAAAACCUCGUGAAUUAUGAUGACGCAACCAUCUACCUCAAUGAUAAAAAUCCUGGUAUUUCGUAACUAUUCAGUAUUCGAUGAGUCACAUUUUGGCUUAAGAAACUCCGCGGAAACCUUAGAGUUUUCCUUCUAAUCAACCUUUGGUGAGUAGAAAUUUAUUUUACUUUAGCAAUUUGUUUAACUUGCACCAGAUGUAACUGGGAAAGACGGAGGAAAGUGAAUACAUAGGUUGAGGAUCGACUCAGCUGAGCGUUUCGCGUUUUCAUUUAUGUAGCGCAAUACCCAAUUUCGCACAAAAACCAAAUCUACAUUUAGGAUGAAAAAGGUAGAUUCAUCACUCUUGGUAAGGUUACACCGAAGUAUUAUAGUUACACUGAAGCAUUCAAAAUAGCUCAUGCACGUUUAACGUGCCUAUGUUGAAAAUUUAGUAAGGGGGUGAAUACAUACAUACCCAUUUACCCACGUUUACUCCAAGUUGUCCACAUUUCAACCAGUUAACCUAACUUCAAGUUAUCCACGUUUCACUCCUUUUACCCAUGAUUACCCCUAGUUAAUGUUAUUACACAGUAAACCAUGUCUCAUCUCGUUUCCCAACACUUACCCCAAGUUACUCCAGUGUCUUCCCAUAUCCCGUUUUUUUUCAAUGGUUUCUCCAAUUUUCCCAUACGUGUGAUCCCUUUUACUUGUAUUAAUCAACGUUGUCCACCCCAUCGUCUCACCCCAUCUACCCAUGUUUAUCCUACAGUGUACGUUACCCACAACACUCAGUUAUCCAUGUUUCAACCGAUUUAGCCAUAUUUGCCUUAAUUUACCCGCAUUCCAACCCACGUUUACAUUACGUUUAACUCACGUCUCACCUCAUUGACUCGUUUCAUCUAAUUAUGGUUUCCGUUCAGUUACUCCAUCAUCAUAGAACACGCGUACUACCAGUACGGGCAUCAUGGACCAGAUAAAGGAAAUAUAAAAUCUUUUUUCCCUUUUUCCCUUCCUUGUUCGUAUCAUUUACAUAGCAUCGACUGAACUGAUGAUUGUAUAACGGGUAACGGAGGUAAAAGUACUGCUCAUGUGGUACCAGCGUUGAUCAGAGUAUGCUGAUUUUCUGUUUCCCUCAGUGUUUGAUUUCAUGUUCAGUUAUUUCCGUUUUGUCCACCAGGAAAGAUUUCUACAACAAGUACCAGUGAUGAUCAACGAAGUAAGCGGAUUCGGUUUAUCCAAGUGAUGGUUCAUUUCUACCUGUGUGUGUGUGUGUUUAAAUCCUUAAUUUCAUUGCAUAAUUUAACAAAUGCCCAUUUCCGAUUAAAGUCAUUGUUAGUUGGCGCUGAGCGUUGCGUCCGGUCAUCGCAAAGGUCAGGGUUCCGAUUGUCCGAUGUAGUAUGUCCACUGAGGAGAUUGCACAACUACGAGUCACACGACUGUACCAUUGUAAACCGCUUUUGGAUAUGUGGAGUGACAUCAUUCAUGUUGUAGACUGUUUUCUGACUGCUUUUAAAAUUUUAACAGGAACUAAAUAGGCUGCUCUUUAACAGAAAGCCUCAAUACAAACAGGCGCAAUGUGGUCAUCUUUGUUCUGGCAUUUAACAGUAUUUUAGAGGCCUAGGAGCUAACAAGAAAAUUAUACUUCCAUUUAGAUCAAGGGUUACAUUGGUGCGGAAAUGAUGUUGUUGAUAUUUGCGAUGGUAGUGAUGGUGAUGAUAAUGAUGAAGACUGUGAUGAUGAUGGAGAUAGUAAUCGUGAUGAUGAUGAUGAUGCUGAUGAUAACUUUGGUGAUAAAAAAGGAGGUAUGUGUUUUACAAUUCACUACACGAAUGUCGAUAUAUUUAAAUUCAUACUUGGCUCCAAGGCUUAGGAGAAUGAAACAAAAGAAAUCAUCUUGAGGCUCAGCAAUGAAUAAUACAUUUCUUUUGUUUUAUUCCCCUGAGUUUCGGAGCCAAGUAUGAAUUUGGAUAUUAUCCAAAUUGUUCAAUUCAGUUUAAGUCUGGGACUAUAAGAUUAAUUGUCCAUGAUAAGAAGGUACAGGAUACCGAGUAGUGCUAACAAAAGGAUACUUACUUUUAGAUGAAUCUCAGCGGUAAGGCAGUUAUGAUGGUAAUAUUGACGAUGUUGAUGAUGAAGAGGAUUACAAGCAUGACGAUGACGGAGAUAAUGAUGGUCAUGACGAUGAUGGUAGUGAUGCUCCAUAUAACAGAUUUUUUGUUAAAAAGGAGGAAAAGAAACAG